GCCCCCAGUGACCAUUUUCUGCGUUUUCUGCAGCAUUUCUAAAUAUUUUGCUGCUUUUCGAAAUACUCAGAGGUACAAUGACUACCAAACUCCCGGCCAAGGUUGCAAGAACGCUAGAGUGUAAGCAGGGAGCGGUGAGGGCCGUCAGAUUCAACGAUGAUGGGAACUACUGUCUGACAUGUGGCAGUGACAAGUCUAUCAAACUGUGGAACCCGCACAAGGGCACACACAUCAUGACAUACUCCGGACACGGAUAUGAAGUCCUGGAUGUUGCUGCGUCAUGUGACAACAGCCAACUAACGUCUACUGGGGCGGACAAGAUGGUAAUAUUAUGGGAUGUCUCUACAGGAAAGAUGGUGCGAAGGUUCAGAGGUCAUGUUGGGCGUGUGAACUGUGUGAAGUUUAAUGAAGAGUCAACUGUCAUUGCAUCAGGGUCUAUCGACACCACAGUCCGACUGUGGGACUGCCGCGCCAAGAAAUACGACCCCAUCCAGAUUCUGGAUGAAGCGAAGGACGGAAUUUUCAGCAUAAAAUUAUCAGACCACGAAAUCCUCACAGGGUCUGUGGAUGGCAGAGUUAGGAGAUAUGACUUGCGUGUGGGAGAACUGCUUGUAGAUUACAUAGGAAGCCCGGUGACUUGUGUGUGCUUCACCAAAGAUGGCCAGUGUGUCCUGAGCUCGGCACUCGACAGUACUCUCCGACUGUUGGACAAGGACACAGGCGAGCUGCUCGGGGAGUACACAGGUCACAAAAGCUCGGAGUUUAAGACGGACUGUUGCCUGACCAACAGUGAUGCACAUGUCGUCAGCGGCUCAGAGGAUGGCAAGAUUUACUUCUGGGACCUGGUAGAUAGCAAAGUUGUCCACACACUGUCCAAGGCAGGAAGAGGUGUUGUCCAUUCCCUCAGCUAUCAUCCCUCCCUCCCCUGCAUGCUGUCAGCUGCUGAGAACGUGGUCAAGGUCUGGAGGGAGGAAGACUACCAAGAGGAAUAAUAGUCCCCAAAGUCCACAGGCAAUUUUAACUGGGUAGAAAGGUGGGACUUUUCAGCAUCGUUGGAGUCGGUCGGACCAAAAAUGUUGCUUCCUGGUGUGUUUUCUAACUGGCAGGAAAAGUUGAAAUACCAGUAGCAUUAGAAAGCUACCUGAACUAUAUGUAUGACUGUUCCGAAUUGUGCCAGAUUAUUUUUGUAACUACUGUAUGUAUUUGAAACUUCUGCAAGCAAUCAGCUUUGACGCAUAACUCGAGAAUGAAGCAAAUUUGUAGGAAGGAAAUAAGUAGGAAUAAAAUAGAGACCGUGUGGAGUAUAUGCUAUAGACAAGGAGGCCUAAAAAUGUCAAAAGUUUCAUUUUUCUAUAAUUGAAAAAGCGGAUAUUCAUCCCUUAUCACACCCCUGUUUUCGAAUCCCUGUUUCAAAAAGGGCCCGUAUCUCGCUAAGGAAGCCUCGCUCAUUCCCAGAUUUGGCCAUUUCGCGAGUUGGGAAACGCAAUGGGCUCUUAUGGGGUUUUUACUCCGGGUCUUUACUGCUCUUGUUCUUGACAUUAAAGCUCAUCCCGAAAACCUAAAUGUCAACUAUCUGUUGGGAAAGAUCCGUUUUAUUCGGGCAUCUAUCUGUUCACUUUGAGACAAUUACUCAUAGAACGGCUUGUACAGGCGGCUGAAUACAGAGCGUUUUUGUCAAUAUUUCUUCCUUUUCAGGUUUCACGGAGCCAAUAGUCGCUGGAAAAUUGUAUCAUUUAUACAAAAUAAAACUCCGAUAGCGCAUCUACACCAAAUGAAAUACCCGGUUCAAACAUUUUCAAUAGCAUUAUGAACGUUAUAGACGGUAGAUUCGUUGAACUUCCAACAUGUGUGAUAUUAGCUACAUUUGCAUACCAGUAGUGAAUGGAUCGUAGUGAAUACCUGGCAUAAGUAGCUAUAGUGACAACAUUCAUUUUACCAAUGAAGUAAACACGCUCACAUAAAAGAAG